CCCGAGGUGACAGGCCGAGCCGGCCUCCUCUGGGUCUCUAGUAGUUUCCGUGCUGCUGACGCACGCUUGCGCGCACAGCUGGGCCGGCCGCGUCCUACGCAGCAGCCGCGAGCCGGGCAGCCGGUGCCAGACGGUUCCCGGAGGGGGGCAGGGGAGGGGCGCUGCAGGAGGCCAGGGACUCCUGGCGGAGGAGGUGCGGGCGGGGGGCCCCGGUCAGGCUGGGGGGCCCUUGGCGUUUGCUGGCUGCGAUAGGGCGCCCCGACUCUGAGUCCCGAGAUAGCCGGUGGCACCCGCCUGCCAGGGCCGAUAAGGCUGCCGGAGGGAGUCUAGUCACCGGCCGCGAGGAGAGCCGGCGGGCUCUGCUGCCCCCUGCGGGGGUCUCCAGCCCCAGGGAGGGGCUCUCGGUUCUUUCGGGUCUGACUCUACCUUCUCUACCCCGCAGCCCCCAAGGAGACCCGCCUGACGACUAACGAGUUGCCAUGGCAUCCUACUACGAGAUCCUAGACGUACCGCGAAGUGCGUCCGCUGAUGACAUCAAAAAGGCGUAUAGGAAGAAGGCAUUACAGUGGCACCCAGACAAGAACCCAGAUAAUAAAGAGUUUGCUGAGAAGAAGUUCAAGGAGGUGGCCGAGGCGUAUGAAGUGCUGUCUGACAAGCGUAAGCGUGAGAUCUACGACCUCUAUGGCCGGGAAGGGCUGACUGGGGCAGGAACCGGCCCGUCUCGCGCGGAAGCUGGUAGUGGCGGGCCUGGCUUCACCUUCACCUUCCGCAGCCCAGAGGAGGUCUUCCGGGAGUUCUUCGGGAGCGGAGACCCUUUUGCAGAGCUCUUUGAUUUCUCCUCCUCGUCUUUCUCCUUCAGUCCUGGGGCUGGUGCUUUUCGCUCCGUCUCUACAUCCACCACCUUUGUCCAAGGACGCCGCAUCACCACACGCAGGAUUAUGGAGAAUGGGCAGGAACGGGUAGAAGUGGAGGAGGAUGGGCAGCUGAAGUCCGUCACGAUCAACGGUAUCCCAGACGACCUGGCCCUGGGCUUGGAGCUGAGCCGUCGUGAGCAGCAGCAGUCUGUCACCUCCAGGUCAGGGGCCACGCAGGUCCGGCAGACCCCUGUGUCACGACCCCUCGAUGGCAGCCUCUCUGAGGAGGAUGAGGACCUGCAGCUUGCCAUGGCCUACAGCCUGUCAGAGAUGGAGGCAUCUGGGAAGAAACCGGCAGGUGGGCGGGGGGCACAGCGACGACGGCAGGGGCAGCCCAAGACCCAGAACCACGAUCCAGGCGUGCGGGAGCCCCAUGAGGGUGCAAGGGGUGACACAGCCAAGCCCAGCCCCUCUCCGGAGGAGAAGGCCACUCGCUGCCUCAUCCUCUGAUCACCAGGCCCAGCCCACCCGAUUCGGGGGGACUGGGAGUCCUGGUCAGAGAAGGGCAUGGCCUGAGUUGCAGGAGCCCCUCUCCACCUCGGCGCUCCCUCCCCAGGUCCACCCCUCCCUCCAGUGUGGAUUUGCUGUGCUCAGCCCACGGCUGAUGGGUCCCUGGUGAAGUCCAGCGUGGGGGGACCUCAGGGCAGCGGGAGGGCCUGAGGAGCCAGGAUGAACUUAAUUCUUAUUAGACGGGGAGUUUCUAAGGGGCAUUAGUGGCUUGGGUUGGGCCUUUCAUGCCCAGGCCUUCUGCCACCUGUGUUGCUGAAUGAUGUCAAGGAAGGAGGACUUGGCCUGAGGUUCUCUGAGCCAGAGUGGGCAGCCACAGCUCUCCUGGUCGGCUGCAGACACCCCCACCCCGGUUUCCGUGCGCAGUGUUGAGCUCUGAUGUCUCUGUUGCUUCCCUCCUGGUGCUGCUUCUCCUCCCUCGCACUCUUCUCUCUGCAAUUCCCCGCGGGCUACAUCGCUUGCUUUCACUGCCUCCUGCCUGGCUGGGACUCCCUUCUUCCUUUUCCCCAGAAAGCCUCUUUGUGGCGAGGAAGAUGCUGUGGCCCGUAGGGCCAUAAGGUCUUCCGGGGAGGCUAGCUGGGUGGGGCGGGAGCCUCUCGGCCCGUCCAGAUUCAGAACCGGAGCCUACUCCUCCUCCCUUCCUCUUGCUGCCUCAGCCUGCCCCCAGCCUCCGGACUAGCCAGAGGUGAGGCCGGCUAACCCUGGAGAGGGGGGAUAGGGCCAGGGUGCCCCAGGAGGGAGGUCUAGGAGGGACCGCAUCCCAUCCUCCCGCACCAUGCAUCAGGGCUCAGGGAGAGGCCACAGGGCUAGCCCAGGGCUGCAUGCUUAGCUCUGCCCUCCACGGCUUGCGGCUGAUCCUCUCUCCUGUCACCCCACCCCCGCUCUCUCCCCAGAUGUGUUCUGAGCUGGAUGUCCGGGACCCAGAGUUGCUGCACAGUUCCAACAGGACAGCGCCCAACCCUGUGCACUGGGAGGGACCCUCCAUCCCUCUCGCUCACCCGUGCUGAGCAUAGAGCUGGGCCUGGGUGGUGGGCGGGGGCCGGGUGGGAGGUAGGCUUAGCCUGUAAAUGCUUCCCAGGGUGUUUGGUGCUGUUUCCUGGGGACUACAAGUCCCAGAAUGCAACGCACCUCGCCUCCUUUCUGUUAGAUCAUGCUUGGAGGAAGUGGUGCGCAGUUAACGGAGCUGUGCAUCUUGGGAUAUGUAGUUCCAGCUCUGGUCGGCCUGUUAACUCGUCGUGAGAUGGGGACAUCUUGUCAUUUGAUUUGUCCCUGGCAGGGGUGGCAAGAAUGUGGAUGAAGGGGGAAUGUGAGCUUCGUUUCCCCUGAUACCUCUUGCUAGCGCUGGGGUUAGAGUGUACAAAUCAAGGCCCCGAGGCAUCUGGGAGAGGUUAUUUUCCUGUGGGCAGUCCUGGGGUCUGAGAAUGAGCCAGGGCGGAUUGGCUGAGCAGGGCGUGGUCUCAAGAGGGCUGAUGGGCAUGGGCUGGUGAGAGCUUGGAAGGUGGAAGGCCACCCUAGCGCUCUGGGGUGUGUUGAGUGUGUGUGUGUGUGGCUGGAAUCAGCGUGUGAUGGGUGCUCCGGGCAUGCCGCUGCUUGUAUGGCUCCUUUGGCCUCUGACCCUGCUGCCCAUUCUUUCUCUCCAACACCACAGAAACUGCCUCUCCUCCUCCCUCCCUGGGGAGCCCGGUGGCCGGGGAGGGAAGUGGUGGAGCUGGAGUGUUGCCAGCCCCUGUGCCAUUGAGUCUCAGUGACCUAUCAAAGCCAGCUGGGCUGAGCUCAGACCAAGAGGGAAACACUGGAAGUCAAUAAAGCUGAGUUUCGAGAGCUUA